AUGGAAAUUGAUCGUGGAAGUACGUCUCAAGAUCAAAUCACUCGGAAGCAUGGGGAAGAUAUGGAAGAAGAAGAAAAGGGGAAGUUAAACCCUAUUAUGGUGUUACUAGUGGGUGCACCCGGAAGUGGAAAAUCCACUUUCUGUGAUCACGUUAUGAAGACUUGCCCCCGGCCCUGGGCUCGCAUUUGCCAGGACACCAUUAAUAAUGGCAAGUCUGGGACAAAAAUCCAGUGUCUAGCCAGUGCAGGAAGUGCAUUAAAGGAUGGUAAAAGUGUAUUUAUAGACAGAUGCAACCUUGACAGAGAGCAACGUGCAGACUUUUUGAAGCUUGGUGGCCCUCAAGUUGAGAAGCAUGCUGUGGUGCUUGAUCUUCCUGCCAAGCUCUGUAUUUCUCGGUCUGUGAAGAGGAAUGGGCACGAGGGCAACUUACAAGGUGGGAAAGCUGCUGCAGUUGUGAAUCGGAUGCUGCAAAAGAAAGAAUUACCUAAGUUGGGCGAAGGGUUCACUCGAAUUACCUUCUGCCACGAUGAAAAGGAUGUCCAAGAAACCAUCAAUAUGUAUAUUGCCCUUGGUCCGUCAGGUUCCAUUCCCUCUGGCUGUUUUGGUCAGAAAAAUGCAGAUGCCAAAGUACAACUUGGGAUUAUGAAAUUUCUGAGAAAGGUGGAUUCACCAGGUGACGCCAGAUCUGAGGCAAAUGUCUCUCAGAAAUGCGUCCAUAAUGGAGCCUCCAAGGAGAAAGACCUUGGAAUUGAGGGCACUCAAAAUAUUUCUGUUCGAUCAGGUAAAGCUUUUGAGGAUGUGAAGGAUUGUGACAAAGUCGAAAUGACCUCUGUUGCUGACUUGUGUAGCCUUCCCACAAACGGUUGCGUUUCUACCGUUCAGAACUCUGCAGUGCCGUUUAAUUCUGCCAAGGCGACUCUUGGCCGCCACCUGGCUCGCCGUCUAGUUCAGAUUGGCGUAAGCGAUGUUUUUUCAGUCCCUGGUGACUUCAACUUGACACUACUUGACUUCCUCAUUGCUGAACCCGGGCUGAACUUGAUUGGAUGCUGCAAUGAGCUCAAUGCUGGAUACGCCGCAGACGGUUAUGCUAGGGCUCGUGGAGUCGGCGCUUGUGUUGUCACAUUUACCGUCGGUGGUUUAAGUGUUCUCAACGCGAUCGCCGGCGCAUACAGUGAGAAUCUUCCGUUGAUAUGCAUAGUAGGCGGACCCAACUCCAACGAUAAUGGUACUAACCGGAUUCUACAUCACACUAUCGGGUUGCCGGAUUUCAGCCAGGAGCUUCGCUGCUUCCAGACUGUCACUUGCUAUCAGGCGGUGGUGAAUAAUUUGGAAGAUGCUCAUGAAUCGAUAGACACGGCGAUAUCGACGGCAUUAAAGGAGAGUAAGCCGGUGUAUAUAAGUGUGAACUGUAACUUGCCGGCGAUUCCACACCCGACGUUUAGUCGGGAGCCUGCUCCAUUUAUGAUCUCUCCCAGGGUGAGUAAUAAAAUGGGAUUGGAAGCUGCGGUCGAAGCAGCGGCUGCAUUCUUGAACAAGGCUAUCAAACCAGUUAUGGUGGGUGGGCCGAAACUUCGUGUUGCCAAAGCAUGCAAUGCCUUUGUCGAAUUAGCAGAUGCUUGUGGCUAUGCUCUCGCGGUGAUGCCAUCGGCCAAAGGGCUAGUCCCCGAGCACCAUUCACAUUUCAUCGGGACUUACUGGGGCGUAGUGAGCACGGCUUUUUGUGCAGAAAUCGUGGAAUCAGCUGAUGCAUAUUUGUUCGCUGGUCCAAUCUUUAACGACUUCAGCUCGGUUGGAUAUUCUCUUCUUCUCAAGAAAGAGAAGGCGAUCAUCGUGCAGCCUGAUCGUGUUACAAUUGCUAAUGGACCUGCAUUUGGUUGUAUCCUAAUGAAGGAUUUCUUCGUUGCUCUUGCGAAGAGGCUUAAGUGUAACACGACUGCUUAUGAGAAUUACUAUAGGAUUUAUGUUGCUGAAGGACUUCCUCUCAAGUGCGAACCUAUGGAGCCAUUGAGGGUUAAUGUUCUGUUCCAGCAUAUUCAGAAGAUGUUGUCGAGUGAAACCGCUGUCAUUGCUGAGGCCGGGGACUCAUGGUUCAACUGCCAAAAACUACAACUGCCACCGGCAUGCAGGUAUGAAUUCCAAAUGCAAUAUGGAUCCAUUGGUUGGUCUGUAGGCGCAACUCUGGGUUACGCACAAGCAGUACCAGAGAAGCGAGUCAUUGCCUGCAUCGGUGAUGGUAGCUUCCAGAUGACUGCUCAGGAUGUGUCGACAAUGAUUCGAUCUGGACAGAAGUCUAUCAUCUUCUUAAUUAACAACGGUGGUUACACCAUUGAAGUAGUGAUCCACGAUGGGCCUUACAAUGUAAUCAAGAACUGGAAUUACACUGCAUUAGUAGAUGCAAUCCACAAUGGUGAAGGAAAUUGCUGGACAACUAAGGUACAAUAUGAAGAAGAACUAGUUAAAGCAAUUGAAACUGCAACCGGAGACAAGAAAGACUGCUUAUGCUUCAUCGAAGUGAUUGUUCACAAGGACGACACCAGCAAAGAGCUACUCGAAUGGGGUUCUAGGGUCUCAGCAGCGAAUAGUCGCCCUCCCAAUCCUCAGUAG